AGGGAGGACAAAAAGUAUCGUGGUCCCCCAGAAAAUCUCUGCAAUAGCCCCCCCCAGGCCCCUCCAGGUGUCUGCGGUCGGCCCGAGCAACCAUUCUCGCUCUUUCCUACGCGGUGAGCGAGACGUAUCCCGUCUUCGGCCACGGUAGACCCCGACCCUCGUGCCCUCCUCCUUUGGGUAAAACUUACUCUCCGCUUCGACACAGCGUUUCCGAUCUCCACCCAGGUCCAAGGAACACCGUACACUAGUACUGCACAAGGGCAUGUCCGCGAGUGCCGUCUUUUCUUGUUUUACUUGUGGCUACGGAGAUAAUACUAACAACGACGGAGCCCAGCGGACCGGAAACGAUCUAGUAGCUACUACGUCCUGGACACCGGCACACGCUCCCGGAAACAAUUGCGACCGCAGCAGCAUGCGUCGGGUUUCGACUUCCCGACGUUCCAGCGCCAAUCAAUACCCCGCUUCCAUACGCGCGCGAUCGUCCGAACGAGCGCACUAUAGCGACAAAAGUGACAACGACGGCAACGACGAAACGAACACUUUCCGUGGCAACACGCUCGACGAAGAUUUCAAGGAUAGUAUGACGUUUGAAGAUUCGGAACGCACGGAUCGUCCACGUGGCGGAUCCUUCCAUCGUCGGGCCAUGAGCGAUCCCUACGAUGCACAAGAAAACGAAAAGGACAGCGACGAAGACGGUCUCGCCAACGAUUUGAACGAAUUUCUCGAAGCCCAGAGCGCCACGCACUUGCCAACCUUGGCGCGAUAUCCGGUUGCCGAAACGCGCAAUCAGAAUUGCUGGAGUGAACCGCCGGUCGACAUUUUCAGUGUCCGGGGACCGGAUUACUUUGCUUCCAAAAAGAAAAUCCAGUCGGGGCCGUACUUAUUGCAAGCUAGAGGAUGUGACUUGUUUCUCAACAACAAGGAAGAUAGCUCGGUCAGAUUGGAAUCCAAGAGCGAUAUUAUUCUAGGCGGACGUCUCCAUUCCACCCCCACCAUUUUAGUGAAUUUUCGGUUUCCGUGGGGCUACAUGGUUCUGUACUUCGAAGUGCCAGCCAAGCUUGCCCCCUAUUUGAAGCGUGAGAAAGGCAAGGUAGAUACAGCUUUAAGCACCGCGGAACAAACCCUGGCCCGCUGGUUGUUGGGGGAUACGAAUUACAAGAAUGAGCGUCUCAAACUGAUUCCUUACGUCGCGCAAGGACCAUGGGUUGUCCGCAACAUGGUCACCGGCCGACCCGCUAUUAUCGGUAAGAAGCUUCCGGUUACGUACCGAAUAGAGCAGAACGCCCUGUUUUGCACUCUCGACAUUGGCUCGUCUAGUGCCACGGCCAAACGCAUCGUAUCGGUCUGCCGGCGCUACAUGAGUGCCUUGACGGUCGAUAUUGGCUUUGUCAUUCAAGGUGAGACUCCCCUAGAACUGCCCGAACAAAUGAUGGGGUCCGUUCGUAUCCAUGGCGUCGAUCCACUGAAAGCACCACGCGUGUAGCCACCGUGUAGAUAGUAGUGACUCCCAUCGUGGCUACCCUUUACAAGGAAGACACCAUCCCAGCUAUAUCCUACACGCUGAGAGAGUUGGACAUGUGUGUAAAGUCGGUCGCAAUACUCUUUUGUUUCUACGGUUCUAAAAAGCAGUGGUUACAAGGCAGGCUUGUUAAAAAUAAAUUGUUGUGAUGAGCGCCGCU